AGACAUAUGCAGAGACAUCAAAGCCCUACAAGUUCAGGCAGCACAAUCACAAAUAGAAGCAGCAAUACGAGAGUUGGUGUGCGGGGUCAGUUGCUAAACUCUUGGAGAAAGGUGGUCCAAGAGAGUGAAGAGGCUGUAAUGGCACAUGAAGUUGAUCAAUAUCUAAAUGCUCCCCUAGAGUUUGUUGAGGAGGAGGAAGAUGGCUUCGAUAUUUUGUGUUGGUGGAAGAUAAACGGACCCAAGUUUCCUGUGGUGGCAGCAAUAGCAAGAGAUGUACUUGCUGUUCAAACAUCCACAGUUGCAUCGGAGUCUGCAUUUAGCACUGGAGGGAGAGUUAUUGAUGCUUUUAGGAGUUCAUUGACUCCUAAAACAGUGGAGGCUUUAAUCUGCAUGCAGAAUUGGUUGUUGGGAGAUGAUAUUGCUCAAGAGGUAGAGGAGCCUACAAUUGAGAACACAGAGUUCUAUGAGCAGGCUGAGAAAGAUCAUGAGAGCACUGCCUCCAGCAGAAAUACACGUUCAACAAUCCCGAAAGCAAAGGGGAAGGGAAAGGCUGCAGUGGUAAAUGUUGACUAAUGAGUUUAUGAGGUUGUGAGACUGAGUGUGAUGAACUGAUGAAGGUUUUUUCAAAUGUGUUUAAUACUUCAAGACUUGUAGUUAACUAGUUUUUAUCAUGUAAUGGUUUGUAGACUUUAAAUUUCUUAUUUCAGACUUUAAUUUCUUGUUUAAGACCUA